AUGCUGCGUCUCCGUGCGGGCAUGCGCCUUUCCGUCAGUGAUUGGGUGGGAGCGUCUUGUGGCCGUUUGAGGGUGGAGCUUGGGCAGCCUUUCGAUGGACACAAAGAUCCACCAAAGGGUUCGGAGUGUUUGAGGAUAGUACUGAUUGGAAGGACAGGAAGUGGGAAGAGUGCAACAGGAAACACCAUCCUGGGAAGAGAUGAAUUUGUGAGUGAAGCUAGUAUGGAUUCUGUGACGAAUGUUUGCCAGAAAGGAGUUGGUGAAGUUCUGGGGAAGUCAGUCGCUGUUGUUGACACUCCAGGACUCUUUGACACCUCACUGACAAAUGAAGCAGUAAUAGAAGAAGUGGCAAAGUGCAUCUCACUGUCAGCUCCUGGACCUCAUGCUUUCAUCAUUGUGCUGAGUUUAGGAAGAAUCACCAGAGAGGAAUUAGACACUUUAGAUCUGAUGAAAAAGAUCUUUGGUCCAAACGCUGCAAAUUUCAGCAUCGUGCUGUUCACUAGAAGAGAUGAGCUGGGAAAUCAGUCAAUAGAUCAAUAUAUAGAGAAAAGUAACAAUGAACAAAUCAAGAAGCUGCUCAGAGACUGUGGAAACAGGAUCCUAGCUUUUAAUAACAAUGAAAAAGAAAACAGAAAAAAAGAGCUUUUAAGACAGAUAGACAUGGUGAUAAACUCAAACAGAGGCCAAUGUUUUACAAACGAAAUGUUCCAAGAGGCAGAAAUGUGCAUCAAAAAGAAAAUGGAAGAAAUUCUGAAAGAGAGAGAGAAAGAGAUUCAAGCUGAGAAGGAGAAACUGAAAGCCAAAUACAUCAUUGUAAUGGAAGAGAUGAGGAAGAGACUGGAAGAAGAAAAACUAAAAGUUGGGGAAGAAAAACAGCAAAUAGAGAGGAAGUUCAGAGAAAAGAUCGAAGCUCUUCAAAAAGAGUUUGAGGAAAAGAAUGAAGCAGAGGAGAGGAAGAGGGAGAUGGAAGACAAGAUAAGAUUGGAGGAUGAAAAAAAGCAAAUGGAGAAAUGGCAUCAGAGAAUUAAUGAGCUGGAAAGAGAGAAUAAAAAGCAGAGAGCUGAAUUUGAAAAGCAGCUAAAGGACAGAGAUGAGGAGGAUAAAAAGAAAGAAGAGAGAUACAAACAGGAUACAGACAAUUUCAUAAAGGAGCAGAAGCGAGCCAUGGAGGAGCUGAGAAAGAGGCAGGAGGAAGAUCUACAAAAGAGAGCUUUAGAGGCGUGCAGGAGAAGAAAAGAAGAAGAGGAUGAGAGGCGCAGCUGGGAGAGAAAAAUUAAAGAGGCUGAACAUCAGAGAAAAGAGAUACAAGAGGACCUCAAACGUAAACAAAGGGAAUGGGAAGAAAAGAUGAACAAACAGAUGAAAGAACGAGAGGAAGAAGAACGUCUUAGAAAGCAGAGACAUGAAGAAGAGCUCAGAGCAAAACAACUCGAACAGGAGAGAAUGACAGAGAAAUUUGAAAAGGAGUGGGAGGAAGAAAGACGCAGGAGAGAGCAGGAGAAACAUCAAUGGAAGAAGACAGAGUAUCAGGAAAAAGAGAGAGAGUACGAGGGGAAAAAACAUGCAGUGAUAGCUGAAAUGAAAAAACAGCAGGAAAAACUGGAGCGAAUAAGGAAUGAAGAAACUGCAAAAAGAAAGCGUGAGGAUGAUGAAAGAAGAGAAGAAGAAUUUCAAAAGCUGCAGAAACUCACAAAGGAGAUAGAGAGAGAACACCUGGAGGAGAGAGAGAAGAGAGAGACAGAAGACAGAGCUAGAAGAGAGAGACAAGAGAGGGAGCGUGAGGAAAUGACAAAGGAUUUUGAUCAGAAAAUGACAGAGAUGAAGAAUAACUAUGAAGACGAGGCCAGGAAACAGGCAGAAGAGUUCAACGAGUUCAAAGACAAGAAAGAUAAGCACCUUCUGGAACUUAUAGAAAAGCACCAAAAAGAGUAUGAAGCUUUGGAGAGACAGUAUCAACUCGCUGACUGCCAGAGAACUGAGGAAAUGAAAGAACUACGAGCAGAAGUUGAGAAACUGAAACGUAAAAAGUCAAAGUGUUUAAUUCAAUAAGGCUAACUGUAAAUCAUGAUCAAAGUACAGCCUGAUACUUCAGAGACAAAACUACCAGUUCAAUCAAUGAUGAUGGUAAUUUUAAAUUCAAAUUUCUUAUAUAUUCCCACUUAUUCCUUCUGUUUGUUGUGACAAAGUUUUCAUACCCCACCACUUCUCGUAUUUCUGCGCAGGCAAAAAUAAGGAAUAAAAUCACUGUUUUUGAGCCCUGAAAUGGAAUCAAGCAAUUGAAAUGAUGUCACAUUCUAAAUCCAUAGGCAUUAAUAUGGAGUUGGUCCCCCUUUGCAGCAAUAACAGCUUCUACUCUUCUGGGAAGCUUUCUACAAUACUUCGGAGUGGGUCUGUGGUAAUUUUUGCUCAUUUAUCCAGAAGAGCAUUUGUGAGGUCAGACACUGAUGUUGGACGAGAGGGCCUGGCUCACAAUCUCCGUUCUAGUUCAUCGCAAAGGUGUUUGAUGGGGUUAAAGUCAGGACUCUGUGCGGUCCAGUGAAGUUCUUCCACACCAAACUCACCUAGCCAUGCCUUUAUGGACCAUGCUUUGUGCUCUGCGGCUCAGUCAUGCUGGAACGGAUAGGACUUUCCCC